AUCUCAAUCUUAUUUCUUCAAACUAAAACAGAUAUAUACAUUAAAAACAACUAAGCAAACAACAGUCAUGGCUAAGGCUGCUACCAUCGUCACCCUUCUUUUCGCUGCUCUUGUUUUCUUUGCUGCUCUUGAAACACCAACAAUGGUAGAAGCACAAAAGUUGUGCGAGAGGCCAAGUGGGACUUGGUCCGGAGUCUGUGGAAACAGUAACGCGUGCAAGAAUCAAUGCAUUAAUCUUGAGAAAGCACGACAUGGAUCUUGCAACUAUGUUUUCCCAGCUCACAAAUGUAUCUGCUACUUCCCAUGUUAAACUACCAAAAACGUUUAGUGCUCGAAUGUGUGUGUGUGUAUUUUUAUAAAAUAAGUAAGCAUCACUCAUAGAGUGAUCUUAUACAUGUAUACCAGACAUCUUGAUGUUGUUGGUUUGUUAUAAUAAGAUAAUUAAGCUUUUACGUACGACGUACUA